AUGUCUGUGUGCGAAAAAUACUUCCCCGAGGAGCCCGCGGGCCCCCACACUGCCAGCGCCGUGCCCGGGCCACAGUCACAGCGGGCAAUCCAAUCGUUGGGCCAGGUCUUCGACUCCAGACCCGCGUACUUCGUGGCCGACUACACGCGGUCCGUGGGCAACUACAUUGCCGACGUGGACGGCAACUUGUACUUGGACGUGUACGCGCAGAUCGCGUCCAUUCCCUUGGGCUACAACAACCCCGCGUUGGUUGCGGCGGCCAAAUCGGACCGCAUGGUCAGUGCCAUCGUCAACCGGCCCGCGUUGGGCAAUUUCCCCGGCAGCGACACCGAGCACAUCAUCCGCGACUUGUUGAAGGUGGCGCCGCAGGGCCAGGACAAGAUGUGGUCCGGGCUCUCCGGGGCCGACGCCAACGAGUUGGCAUUCAAGGCCGCGUUCAUGUGGUACCAGCUGAAGCGGCGCGGUGCCGGCGCGGCGUUCUCGGCGCACGAGACCGCCAGCGUGAUGAAGAACCAGGCGCCCGGGGCGCCGGACUUGGCCAUCUUGUCGUUCCAGCGGGCGUUCCACGGCCGCUUAUUCGCGUCGGCCUCUGCCACGUGCUCGAAGCCCAUCCACAAGAUGGACUUGCCGGCGUUCAACUGGCCCAAGGCCGAGUUCCCGGCCUACAAGUACCCCUUGGAGGCGCACCGCGACGCCAACAGCAGGGAGGACGCGCGCUGCUUGGCCAUUGUGGAUACCUUGUUGAAGUCCUGGAACGUGCCCAUCGCGGCCGUGCUUGUGGAGCCCAUCCAGUCUGAGGGCGGCGACAACCACGCGUCCGCGGCGUUUUUCCAGGGCUUGCGCGACCUCACCUUGGCGCACGGCGCUCUUUUGAUCGUCGACGAGGUGCAGACCGGCGUGGGCGCCACGGGCAAGAUGUGGGCCCACGAACACUUCGACUUGGAGCCCAAGCCCGACAUGGUCACGUUCCUGAAGAAGUUCCAGUCCGCGGGCUACUACUACCACGACCCCGCGUUGACGCCUGCGCAGCCCUACCGCCAGUUCAACACGUGGUGCGGCGACCCGGCCCGCAUGAUCUUGGCGGGCGCCAUUGGCCACGAGAUUGUCGAGCACGACUUGGCCAAGCAGGCCGCGCGCGUGGGCGACUACUUGUACGGCAAGUUGGCCAAAAUGGCCGACAAGUACCCGGACUAUCUCGCGGACUUGCGGGGCAAGGACCGCGCCACGUUCAUAGCCUGGACGUUCAAGACGCCGCAGCUCAGAGACCGGUUCUUGGCGGACAUGAAGACCGUGGGCAUCAACAUCGGAGGCUGUGCCGACGACUCGGUGCGCUUGAGGCCCACGUUGGUGUUUGAGGAGAAACACGCGGACGUGUUGGUGGCGGGCAUUGAGAAGGUGUUGCUGGGCUACUGA